GGAAAAUCGACAAACCUCUUCAAUACUGGGUGGGUAGUGAUCUGCCCCUACCCUCUUAUUAGUCAAUCCGCAUUUAUUCGGCGCAGGUAAAUAUUUGAAGCACCCUAGAGAAGGAAUGGAGGCGAUAAUCCUUUUCUGGGUGCUAAUAAGCUUGAUCAAAUCCCACUAAAAGUGCUUAACCAUUUCUUUUAGUGGGGUCUUCACACUGAAUUGGCCAGCUGUUCCUUAUUACUGCUUUCGCCCCCACAGCUCCCUCCUUCCCUCUGUGGAACACCUCAUUCAUUCAUGGCAUCUGAGUCAUGAUUUCUUACUUACCCUUUCUCAACCCCUCCAAAAAGCCCAUUUCUUUCUUCGAAUUUCAUUUUCUUUUCUAGGGUUUUCUUAUGUUUCUUGCUGUGUCAAUUUCUACUGGGAGUUCUUGAGCAACUACAGUAGGUAUGAGGCAGUGGGUGGCCUGGAGGAGUUGGAAGCUUUAUUAUCUUAAUCUGUUUUUGCUUCUCUGCCUCCAUGACGCCUGCUGCAAUCCUUUGAAUAAUCUCAAGGGCUUUACAGAAAAAUUUGAGGAAGGCCUUCUACCUCAGAUCACACCAAUUUCAUCUCCUGACGCUCAACCCCUCCUUCCUCUUCUAGCUCCUUCUCCAUUGGCUCCAUUCUCAAAUAGCUCUGGCACCCCAAAACUGUCUGGAUCAUGUCCAUUAAACUUUGCUGCAAUGGAUAACAUGAUAACCAUGACCUCGAUUGAUUGUCUCGCUCCAUUCGCAAAGUAUCUAGCAAACGUUAUCUGUUGCCCACAACUGGAAACCACUUUAACCAUUCUUGUAGGGCAAUAUAGUAAAAACAACAAAGAUACAAAACUUGCUUUAAACAGUACCCUUGCAGGGCAUUGCCUCUCUGAUCUCCAGAAGGUUCUAGAAGGUAAGGGGGCCAACGGUACACUAGAGAGAAUAUGCUCUAUUAACCCAUCAAUCCUCAGUGAAGGUUCUUGCCCAGUCAUUAGCGUGCAAGAAUUUGAAUCAUUGGUGGACUCUUCAACCCUUCUUUCUUCUUGUGAGAAGAUUGAUCUUGUGAACGAGUGCUGUGAACAGGUCUGUCAAAGUGCUAUAUCAGAAGCUGCCGAGAAGCUUGCUGCAAGAGGUUAUGGUCUUUCAAUAGUUGACCAGUCAACUAGAGCCAGUGAUUGCAAACGCAUUGUGCUCCGUUGGUUAGCAAGUAAGCUUGACCCUACUGGUGCAAAAGACGUUCUUAGAGGGCUUUCUAGCUGCAAAAACAAUAGAGUGUGCCCUUUGGUUUUCCCAAACAUGAGCCGUAGCAUUAAGGCUUGUAAGAACAGGAUAAAUAACAAGACAACAUGCUGUAGAGCAAUGAGUCACUACGUUUCACACUUGCAAAAGCAGAGCUUUGUUACCAACUUGCAAGCUAUGGAUUGUGCUGAUUCACUUGGUAUGAAGUUACAGGAAGCCAAUGUUACCCAAAAUGUUUACAAUCUCUGCGACAUCACCCUUAAGGAUUUUUCAGUUCAAGUUACACAAGAAGCUAUUUGGAGACUAUCAGUGGAUUUAAAGCUAGGUAAAGUUAGUCAUUCACGUUUUUAAUAUAUGUCUCAAUGGCUCUCGAGAUAUACAAUUUUAAUAUUUUUGGAUUGGCUUAAAUUCAAAAGCAAAAAACCUAUUGAUCAUUUUUAUUUCGUUUUCAAACACAGUUGCUAGGGUCAGCGGGGGUCUAAAAAGAAAAACUUCAUAAAUUAUAGGGAUGAAAAACAAAAUAUGAUUUUUCCGGGACCUGAAACAAAAUAUGAAAACAUAAUCAAGCUAAUAUGGAAAGAAGCCCAUUAUUACUAUCAUUAUUAUUAUUCAUUAUUAUUAUUAGUUUCCUAAAUUAUUAGAUGUUAGUUUCCUAAGGUUGUUCUUAGUUGCAGUUUCCUAUUAGUAGAGAUAUUCUAUUUUAGUUAAUUUCCUAAUAAAAGUAUUGUAAUAGAAUUAGGGUUACUCUAAUACAGUAAAACUAGACCACCAAGACUCUUGGGACUAGUAUAAAUAGAGGUGCCAUAUAAAUGAUAGUAAUAAUGGGCUUCUUUCCAUAUCACAAGCCUUUUAAAUAUCACGACAGUUUAAAUAUGGCAUUUGAUGACCAGCCAAACUACUAUAUUGUUUCAUGGCCUUUUGAAUAAAAUUUCCUUCUCACUUUUUUAAUUAUUUAUUUUCUGAUGGGGCAGUUUCUGGGUGCCUGUUGCCAAGUUUGCCAUCAGAUGUCAUGCUUGACCAAACAACAGGGAUCAGCUUUGUGUGUGAUUUGAAUGAUAAUAUUCCAGCUCCAUGGCCAUCUGUGUCGCAGCUGCAUGCUUCCUCGUGCAAUAAAACUGUCAAAGUUCCUGCACUACCUGCUGCUGCAGAAUCUGGACAAACCUGUCUUUACGUGUUAGACACGAGGUCUCGUCUGCUGGUGGUAUUAUUAAUGUUGGUUGUUCUGCUUCUGCCAUAAAGCUUAUGAGCGGAUCCUUCUGUUGUUGACAAAGCAGUGAAAGCUCUGUUUUGAGAUGAUAUGCAAAGAAAAAUGAUGGAUGGUAGAAUUCCAUGUAAUUAUUAUCACUUCAACAUUGCAUUGUAUGUGUAAACUGUAAAGUAUAUUGAGAUAGCAUUAAGUUGUUUUUUACAAAUGUCAUAUGAGGACUGAGAUUGAUAAUAUAAUUUCAGCAUCAUCUUAGUUUGUGAAGUGGGAUUU